AUGCACAAAACAAGCUUUGUGUGUGUCACUGAUCAAUCACCUCCAGCUCAAGCUGAUCAUCCAGGUAUUCCCAUUGAUCCAGACUUGUACCUUGGGCCUGAGGAUGAUAUCAUUGAUGUUGACAAGUUGCCAGAUUCUGCUGAUCCUAAGAUUGAUGCUCUGGCUGCAUCAGAAGUGUUUAUGUCAUACAAAACAUCUACUGAACUUCAUUUACAACAGUCAGAACUCACUAAUGAAGAUUUAUGUUUGAUAGUCUGGGAGUUCUGA